AUGGUACACGUGGCGUUUGGCCGCUGUUCGUCUUGCGAUUGCGGGAGAAAGAAAGUCUGGCGGACGACCUACGUGUCCCCCUCGCUGCCUCGCUUCUCGACCUCGGCCUCUGUCUCUCUCAACUCUUUCCGGCGCUUGACUGACCCCUAUUUUCAGAUGUCCCGCCGUCGUCCACCGCCUUGGUCUCGUCGACUACUUUAAUCUCCUUGACCAAAUUUCUCACUUUGCUGUUUCAUCUUAGUAGUGAUUUCCCCUUGCUACAAAUUUUUCUGCCUUUUCCAUCAAAAAUUGGAAUCUUCGUGGUUCUUAAAGUUUUGGUCAAAACUUCCCAGCAGCGCAUUUAAAUCUUAACAAAAGAAAGAAUUCAGUUUAAAAGUAAUUUGCUUAUUGUAGUUUUUGAGUUUAUUCAUAAGACUUCCUUCUUGCUAUUUCGAAAUUUUUGAUUUACCAAUAGUGACGCUGUAUGCAUUUUUUACAGUUUCUCAGUCAUCGAUCUGGACGGUUAAUGUAUCCGAAAGCUUUUCAUAAAGUUCCAUAAUUUCCAUCACCAGGAAAGACGUGUAGAGAGACUGAGAGCGGAAAGUGCCAAGGAACUGUCAAUAGUAGGGAAUGGUGGCCCCGAUUGACAGCUAGAGACUCGACCAACUCACACAAAUCGCCUUUUCCGCCUCUCUGUCUUUAUACCAACUCCUUUUCUCAUUCAACAUUUAAAUAUCCUUUUCAAUUGAUAGUUUCCCGUGUCUGGAGCAUCGCCAGCCUCACAGUUUAUUGUUUAGGCGAGCGUAUAGCAUCUGGCGACCAUUUGCUCAUCGCUCUACGCGCAUCCACUUUUUCGCGUCUUUCUUCGUUUUGAGUAUUUUCUCCACCUCACGGUUCCAUUAGGAAGAAAUUCAUAUCUAUUUUGUUUCAGGGAAAAUUUGCCUACGUAAGCCUUCGGAAAAUAUGAAAAGCCUGACGCUGUUUGCCGUUUUGGCGGCUGUAGCCUUCGCCUCUCACCACUCUGCGGACCCUUCCAAAGAUUCCGAGCAUGUGAAAGUGAGUUUUCAUUCUUGGUUACGUUUAAAAAUCAAUAAAAAAAGCAAAAAAAGCCGAAGAACUUUUUUUUUAAAUUUUUUAAUGAUGAAUUUCUCUUUGCACAUUUUUUUCUAAACUUUCUCAAAUCAGUGGUAAAAGAGCCACAUAGAAUAUUGAAAACCUUUACAAAAUUAUAUUACUUCCUCUCGGUCACUAUCUUGAAAAACAUUGGUUUUUUUAUCUAUGGAACUAAAAAAGGAGCUCAUUUCUCAGGUUGAGCAAAAAAUAACCAAGUUGGAUCAAGUUUUCUUGAAAAUUUCUCAAUUUUUGCAGGGUGGAGAGCACGAUAACAAAUAUGACCACGAACAGUUCCUCGGAAAAGACACUGCCGCUGAAUUCGAUGAACUCACUCCUGAGAAGUCCAAGGAAAAGCUCUCGUUAGUUCAAUUCAUCAGGUAAAAAGACAACAUUUUUUUUUUAGAAAGCUCGUCCCUAAGAUGGACUCCGACUCUGACGGAUUCGUUGAAGAGAAAGAAUUGAAGGACCACAUCAACUUCAUGCAGAAACGAUACGUGAACAACGAUGUUGAGAGAACCUGGAAGAACUACAAAGACGAGAAAAUUGUCGAUGGCAAGAUCAAGUGGGCUGACUACAGGUGGGUUCAAUGUGAAUAUUCUUAAGGAGAUUAUGCUUCGAUUUUUUCGUAAGCGGAAAAAAUAGGAUAGUUUUCCCAAUCUAAAAAUAGACUUUUUUGGCGUUUUUGAGGGCGAAAGUUUAGAAAAAAACCUUUCAAAUAUUUUUUGCGUUUCUACUUUCUUACGGUACGACAUAUAGCAGAGCGCAGUUUGAGAGUUAAAUAGAAAAUUCGUGAAUAUUUUCAGGUUCCCUCAAGGAUACUUUUUAUUAAAAUUUUUCCACAAGAAGAUCGAUGAAAAAAAAAUCAAUAUUUUCCUAAGUAUACAAAAAAGGCUUCUUUUCCAGAGAAAUGGUCUAUGGAUCUGCUGACGGAGCAGGACAGGAACUCUCUCCUGAAUACGCCAAGAUGAUCGCUCGUGAUGAAAAGAGAUGGGCUGCCUCAGACUACGACUCCAACGGUGCUCUUGACCGCACCGAGUACGGCUGCUUCAUGCAUCCUGAAGACUGCGAUCACAUGCGUGACAUUGUUGUUGCGGUUAGUUAUAUCUAAAUCUGAGAAUAUUUAUUUGAUCUCUCUGCUCCAGGAAACCGUUGACGACAUCGACAAGAACAAGGACGGAUCUGUCGACCUGGAAGAGUACAUCGGAGACAUGUACCGCCCAGAAGACUAUCCAGAGCUCAACGGAAAGGAGCCUGACUGGGUGCAGAGCGAGCGCGACAUGUUCAAGGAGCACCGUGACAAGAACGCCGACGGCAAGCUCGACCAGGAAGAAAUGCGCGACUGGAUCAUGCCGGUCGGCUUUGAUCAUGCCGAGGCUGAGGCUCGUCACUUGGUCGGAAUCGCCGACGACAACAAGGUAAAUCGUAGCCUCAUAAUGUUCUCAAAAUUAGUCUCCUGAUUCUAGGACGGAAAACUGUCUCUGGAAGAAAUCGUUGCCCACUACGACACCUUUGUUGGCUCGCAGGCUACCGACUACGGAGAGCAGCUCCAGAAACACGACCCCGCUGAGCUCUAA